UGUGUGCAGCACACUGUGUACACCUGCAUGCUCUCCUUCCUGUGCUGUUGGACGGCUCCUGGCGUACUAACUCGAAACUGGGAAAGUCGCCCAGCCCUCCGCCUGUGGGUUGAACUACACCUGGGACAGCGGGCUGAUAUCAUUCAACGACAGCAAUGCGGUAGAAAGAAAUGUGAAGAAACCUCGGCGGUGUGUACGGUGUGUCCAGGAUCUAGGCUGUUUCAAAUUAGUCUUUCUCUGACUUCACAAGGGGUCUCUUUGUUUUAGCCACUAGCUCUACGUUAGCAGCUUCCGGAAAAUAACCUCCACACAGAAAAUCAAAAUGAAGACUUGGAGAUAACAUUUUUCAAACUGGAUCAUCGUGCCACCUUCACAGUGUAAAUGGAUUUUAGCUUUGGAUGCAGAUGCAGUUUUUGAGGAGAUAGGAGGACACAGAUCUCUCUACAUAAUUUGGACUGAGCUUCCUCAGCCAAUGGCUACAACUGAAACCAAAGUCGCCGGCAGUAGUUGCACUGCUGGCCUGUCAUGGGCUCGGGUAUGUAAGGAGUGCGGUCAGCAACACGAUGGCCAGGAGAGCCACCUGUACGAGUACCAGGACGAUGUGGACGAUGAACUGGUUUGCCACAUCUGUCUGCAGCCGCUCCUCAAACCUAUGGACACCCCUUGUGGACACACGUACUGCUUUCACUGUCUGAGCAACUUCUUGAAAGAGCAGGACUUCUGCCCUGUGGACCGCCAGCGGCUGCAGCUGCAUCAAUGCCGGCCCUCCAGCCUGCUGGUCAGGAACCUGCUGGACAAGCUGACUGUGAUGUGCCCCCACUCUUCAGAGUGUCAGCACCAGAUGCAGCGCUGUGAGCUGCAGCCUCACCUGCAUAACAGAUGUCCUGUUUUUAGAAGGCUGAGGGAGGAAGCAGAGAAGAGGAAGAGGCCCUCGUGGAAUGAGCUAAAGGGGCGUAAGGGUGAGGGGGAGUUGUCUGGAGAGGCCAAACAUUCAGCAACACAGUCCCGAAAUCCCAGCAGAGAUCAGCCGGAGCCUGGUCUGAUAAAUCCUGCCUAUGAAGAAAGUGAAGAAGACAACACCCCCCUCCGGUCCAGUCUGGUCGCUGAGGCCAAUGUGGUGGAGCUGUUCAGAGAGGAGCCUGACGAGGAGCUGGGCCUCCGCAUCGUGGGUGGGAAAGACACACCGCUGGGUAACAUUGUCAUCCAGGAGAUUGUCAGGGACUCACUCGCAGCUCGGGAUGGCAGACUGGCCCCAGGCGACCAUAUCUUAGAGGUGAAUGAUAUCAGUCUGGCUUCAGUCCCUCACGCCCGGGCUAUCGCAGUGCUGCGGCAGCCUUCCCUCCUGCGGCUCACUGUCAUGCAGGAGAAAGGUUUCAAAUCAAGAGAUCCUCGGCCUGAUCACCACCCUCCCUCUUCUGCCUCCCAGCCCACUCACGGUCCCCAUGGCAACACUACCUCCAAUCAUAACCCUGGCACGGUGCUGCAGGUGACGCUUAUGAAGAGUCAGCGCACCGAGCCACUCGGCAUCAAACUCAUUCGCAAAUCAGAUGAGAGCGGGGUUUUUAUCCUGGACUUGCUGUCCGGAGGAUUAGCGGCCAAAGAUGGAAAACUGAGAAACAACGACAAAGUGUUGGCCAUUAACGGACACGACCUGAGGCACGGUACACCUGAGAGCGCUGCACAGAUCAUACAGGCGAGUGAGGUGCGUGUGAACUUUGUGGUGAUGAGACCCGCAGAGUCACAGGAGGAAGGAGGAAGCAGCAGGGAAGGACACGGCAGGGCAGCCAGGAGGCCUGAGCCACAGUACUUCAAGAGACAGUCCACCUUCAUGAAGGAUCCUCCAGGUGGGUUCUCCAGCCAGGAGAAGACAGUGAGCUUGAAGAAGGAGCCUCGACUGUCACUGGGCAUCACUAUCGCUGGGGGGAGAGAUUGUCGCAGCCGCUUGCCUGUGUACAUCACGAGUGUGCAGCCCGUCGGCUGCCUGCACCGAGAUGGCACCAUUAAAAAAGGAGACAUUCUGCUGAGCAUAAAUGGUGUUGAUCUGACCCAGCUGACCUACAACGAGGCAGUCUCAGUGCUGAAGGCUCAGACAGCUCAGUCCCAGGUGGUGCUUCGUGUCAUCCAGACCCUCUCUGAGGACUCAGACGAGGACAUCGAGAAUGCCAACAAAGACGAGAUGGACUCUCUAGACGACCCACGAGACGACGCCCUCAACUGGACGCCGCUGUGGACUCGCUGGCUGGGAUUACCGAGUCACAUGCACUGGUGCCGUGACAUUGUCCUGCAGAAGACCAACAACGAGAGCUGGGGCUUCAGCAUCGUGGGCGGCUACGAAGAGAGCCACGGCCAGCAGCCCUUUUUCAUCAAAACCAUUGUGCCUGGUACACCUGCUCACUUUGACGGACGCCUUAAGUGCGGUGAUGAGAUCGUAGCCGUGAACGGAGCCACAACAGUGGGAAUGAACAACUCGUCUCUCAUCCCCAUGCUUAAACUGCAGAAGAACAAAGUCACACUCACUGUGGUGUCCUGGCCCGGCAGUCUGGUGUAGCAGAACAGUCACACAUAAGUCCAUUCACUUUCCUCUCUUCAUGUCACAUACAGUCACACAGAUCCCUACCCUGUUCUGACUCACUGACCCUUGCAUGUGUAACACUUUAUUGUUCAGUUGUUUGUUCAGUUAUGUAACACAGAUGAUGUGUGUACUUAAGAGCCACCAUGUGUACAAUGGAUUUGACUCUCAGCAGGUACCUGUUUGUUUUGGUGUCCUCACACACUCAAACAGCAGACGAUAGCACAACUUGAGGAACAACUUAAUCAGGGGGCAAAAAUGACAAUCAAUGAGUUGUAUCCUAAGGAUAAACUGGAAGGACGGUUACUUAAUGAAACACCUUUUCAUCCCUCAUUGAAUACUUUAUAUAUGUUUUGUUUCCCUGUUAGAUAAUCCUGUUAUCAGUUAGUAGCUAGUUGUGGUUUGAUUCUAGUUAUUCACAAUAAAUGGCCCCCAAAGAAGAAGCGAAGUGCGUGCGAAAGCUGUUAUGAAGAAUUCUAGAUUACUACAUACAUCAGUGGCUGCACAGAGUGAUACCGAGGACAGAAAAAUCCUCCUGUCCUGCAACUUUUAUCACCUCUUAAAUGAUCAUAUCAUCAACUGUAAUUUACAAUUUACCCCAGGAACUUGCAACAGGAUGAUAAAGCUGUGAUGGAAAUUUAAAGGAUAAUAAUAAAAUGAACUGCAACAGUUGAUAUGGAGGUUAUUAAAAAGCCAAAGAAAAGACCUACAGUUAGCUAUAGUCCUGUGCUUUCAGUCUUCUGUUUCAAGGGGCUGAAAUGUGUGAGGUCCAGUCAUAUCCAUGCCAGGAAAAUCAUCAGUGAAAUCGUUCUUCUUAACUUAACAACAAACCUGCAAAGCUAACCAUAACAGAAUAACAUUGGUCGGAAACAGUUUUGGUCCCAGUUUGUCCCUAUUCGCUUUCCAUACAUACAAUGGGCUUAUUAGAACAAAGCUUGGGCAAAUUAAAAACAUUGUUUGAAACUGUGAGCUGGAAUGAAGAAGAAAGUGUGAUGAAUGUUUGGUUUUAAAUCAAAGUCUUGUUCGUAUUUUGAACAGCUUUUGAUUCAUUGCUCGCCACAUGUCCAUUGAACCAGAGCUCUGUAUUUAUUUUGUAAUGACUUAGCGGCUCAUGCUCAAAGACUUUAAGUGGGUCCCUGUAGAUAUUGAAGGACAAAUCAGAAUGUACACUUGCCUUAAAUUACCACUGUAUUAACAUGUCUUUCCUCUCUUUGUUUUCCCUCAUCAUGAACUGUUUAUAGUCGUUUGAAAGGAGAAUGGCCUUGUUCUGAUUCAUUUGAGUACUUGUUCUUUUCUGUCGACACAUUCCCAGUGGCCUUUCUUGUACCAUUAUUGAUAUGAGAGUUAUUGGAUUAUAUAAAUACAGUAGAUAGUACAUAUAUUAGGCUGUCCACUGAUUCAUUAUGUACAAUAAAGUCCUAUAAUAAAU